AUGGUCAACAUGGGCAUUGUCGGGAAGGACCCUGAUGGCACCGCCGCAAAGGGCACCGCUUACAGUCCGCCUACCAUCACCAACAUCUUCAGAGGAUACAUGAAGGAGGCUGGCGUCGAUAUCAAAGCCCAGGGCUACUGGAACGUCCGAAAGGAGGUGGCGCAGAAGCUGCAGGCGAAAUCCGGCACCUGCGCCUCGGCGGCGUGCGCGGCGUGCCCGAGCUCCUCCUCGCGCAGCGCGCCGGCACACUGUGCGAAGUGCGACGCUGCUGCCAAGGGCGAGUCUGUCAGCGGCCUGCGCCACUCGGUCGGCUGCGGUAUGAGGCAGGACGAGCCGACGCAGAACGCCGAGGAGCUCAGCCGCGAGAGGCUGGGGCUGCUGGACGCCGGGGAGCUGCGGGAGCUCUGCAAGGCUGGCGGGGGGGGCAGAAGCCGGAUGUGA